AAGGCACAUGUGUUUUUCACCUUAAUAGGGUAGAUUAUAGUAGGAUCCGAACUUUGAUCUGAUCAUAUCUUCAAAAUCUACUCAUCCUCCACAAUGCCAUCUGAAAUUGACACUUCUCCAAUUAUAUACCACACACGUGCACUUCUCUCAGAGUCCAAAGCCGAGAAUGCCACGUGUAAACUCCAGUUGAAGCUGUCUCGAGUUUCAUGCAACAGAAACCCAGCUUUGUUGGAGCCACCUUGUGAAGACCAAAGGUUUUUUAACACUACAAUCUAUCCAUCUCUUCAGCUCAUUUUUCUUUUUCUUAUUUAAUACCCACCGCAUGGUAUCUGAAACUCUAGUUUCAGAACAACUGCAAAAUCCCAUAAACCUGUCUUUAAGUUUCCACAGCAUCAGAAUUCAUAAACAAGCCCUCGCCUCCAAGGCCUUAACCUGGAAAGAAAAAGAAAUCCUGUAGAUGAUGAGUCAUGGAUCCUGCAAACUCUGUAACUCAACCUUCAGGAUCCUUUUUAACUCCAUUGAUGAUUUCCUUGGCUGGCGUAGUUGCCAGUACUCUAGCAAUAGUUGCAUACCAUUUGUUACUCGUCAAAUACUGCGCGAGAAGAGCAGAUGAGGAUGCUAGAAAUCCCUCGAUCCCAACUCAGGAUGAAGGAUUUGCAACUGGGGUUGAACACAAAAUGCUGGAAACUAUUCCAAUCCUGUCUUUUUCCAGGGAAAAAGUUAAAGAGUUCCGUACAGAUCAAAGUGAAUGUGUUGUUUGCCUGGGAGAACUAGAGGAAGGAGAACGUGUACGUUUGUUGCCUAAUUGCAGGCAUUUCUUUCAUGUUCCGUGCGUUGACAAUUGGUUCCUGGCGCAUUCUAGCUGUCCUAUUUGUCGAACAUCCGUUGCUGUAACCACGGAUUCUAGUGUAGCCUCGCCUCCAGGGGAUGAUGGAGUGGAAAGGGUUCAGGAUUUGCCUCAAAAUGAUGAUGGACAAGCCCAUGACCGGGCCGCCUCUACUUCCAGGGUUCAAUCAAAUACUUUGCUAAGGCAUUGCGUGUCCCUGGUGUUCCCUAGGGAAACUAAACAGAAACAUUUGAUCACGGGGUUGAAGCGAUCCUUGUCUAUGGAUCAGUCCUAUAUACUCAUUAACUUAACAGUCGACAAUGAGAAAGAGGCUAUUUCUUCUUCUUCGACGUCAAAGAGGAGUUUGGCAAAGAGUAAUUCAUAUAAGGCACGGUCGAUGAAACAGUUGGAUCGAAUGUCUUCAUUGUUGAGGUCUUUCUCACAAUUGCGGAUUGGAAGGAGUAGCACCACUUGUGGACUUCUUCCCUAUUAAAAUGCUUUUUGGAAAAAAUUGUUUUCUAUUUAUGUUUCCAAAUUAAUACUUCAUAAUCAUAGCUUAUGUUUUUCUAAUAACCAGCUUCCGAAUUUUUAUACCAUAGUUUUGUCCGAAUACAACUCGAUUGUUUUGCUCGUUUUAAUGCAAUUUUUUCUUUC